AUAAAGGUAGCACUUGCAAGUUCCUUUGAUCUUCCUCCAUCUUUGCCUUGGAAUCUUGUCCUCAACUUCAUCCAUCAUCAUCGGUUUUUCUUCAACCAGAUCGCCAGAUCCCAACUUCUAAUCCAAUCCGAUUCAAUUUUCAACGAUCCAAACAACAAUAUUUUUUGUUUCAAUAUUAAUCAUGUUUACGAGAGUUUUCGGUAAACCUAAACAAGAUACAUCCAGCAAUGCUCUUGCCACUUUAGACAAAUUAAACGAGACACUAGAAAUGCUCGAGAAAAAGGAAAAUGUACUCCUUAAAAAGGCCGCGGCAGAAGUUGAAAAAGCCAAAGAAUACACAAAAAGAAAGAACAAAAAGGCUGCAAUUCAAUGUUUGAAGAGGAAGAGGUUAUAUGAACAACAAGUCGAGCAGCUUGGUAAUUUCCAGUUGCGUAUUCAUGACCAGAUGAUAAUGUUAGAAGGUGCUAAAGCCACCACGGAAACGGUAGAUGCGUUGAGAACAGGAGCAGCUACUAUGAAGGCUAUGCAGAAAGCAACGAAUAUUGAUGAUGUCGACAAGACCAUGGACGAGAUAAAUGAACAGACCGAGAACAUGAAGCAGAUUCAAGAAGCAUUGUCGGCUCCAAUUGGUGCAGCUGCUGAUUUCGACGAGGAUGAACUAGAAGCAGAACUUGAAGAAUUGGAGAGUGCUGAGUUGGAAGAACAGCUUCUUCAGCCAACAUUUACAGCUCCUGCUCCCUCAAUGCAAGUCCCAGCUGGGAGGCAACCUGCACGUCCUGCUCCUGCAAAGCCGACUCCUGAGGAAGAUGAAUUGGCAGCUUUGCAGGCUGAGAUGGCACUUUGAGCGGGUGUGCGUAUCGAAUAUGGAUUUGUUCGGCUAUCUGAUAUUUUGUGUGGAUAUCUCAAGCAUAUGUUGAUUUAUAGGACAUGCACUGUGCCUUAAAAAGUUAUCUUUUGAUAACAAGUAUGUAAAUGAAAAGUAUGUUUCCUAAAUCAUUUUGAGUUAAAUAUUCAUAACUAACAGUAUAUGACUACCACAGCAAUACCAAAUAUGUGUGGACUACAAGCAUUACUUCAUAUUGGACUAAUCCAAUCAGAAAACUUCAUUUUUAA